UCUACUUUUGAAAAUCUGCCACUCAAUUUUAGACUCUCGUUUAGAAAGAAGCUACAGUCCUCCUCUCCGCCGCCGCGACGUCGCCGCCAUGUGUGGAAUUCUCGCCGUCUUGGGAUGCGUGGACCACUCCCAGGCCAAGCGCAGCCGCAUUAUCGAGCUCUCCCGCCGGUUGAGGCAUCGCGGUCCUGAUUGGAGCGGCUUGCAUUGCCAUGGAGAUUGCUACCUUGCGCAUCAGCGAUUGGCUAUCGUGGACCCUGCCUCAGGUGAUCAGCCACUCUACAACGAGGACAAGACCGUCGUUGUCACGGUUAACGGUGAGAUAUAUAACCACAAGGAAUUGAGAGAAACAUUGAAGGGUCAUCAAUUCCGAACUGGUAGUGAUUGUGAAGUGAUAACGCAUCUUUAUGAAGAACAUGGGGAAGAAUUUGUUGACAUGCUGGACGGGAUGUUCUCCUUUGUCCUCCUUGAUACAAAAGACAAUAGUUUCAUGGCGGCUCGUGAUGCUAUUGGCAUAACCCCACUGUACAUGGGCUGGGGUCCUGAUGGAUCAAUUUGGUUUGCUUCAGAAAUGAAAGCUCUAAGUGAUGAUUGUGAAAGAUUCAUAACUUUUCCUCCUGGGCAUCUAUACUCUAGCAAACAAGGAGGGCUGAGAAGGUGGUACAAUCCACAAUGGUUUUCAGAGAAGAUACCAUCGACUCCUUAUGAUCCCAUUGUUUUACGCAGGGCUUUUGAGAAGGCUGUGUUGAAGAGACUUAUGACAGAUGUACCAUUCGGUGUUCUUUUGUCUGGAGGGUUGGACUCAUCACUCGUUGCUGCUGUGGCUUCUCGCUAUUUGGCUACAUCAGAAGCUGCACGUCAGUGGGGAUCACAGUUACAUACCUUUUGCGUUGGCUUGGAGGGUUCUCCAGAUUUGAAAGCAGCAAGAGAAGUUGCAGAUUAUCUUGGAACUCAUCAUCACGAGUUUCACUUUACUGUUCAGGAAGGCAUAGACGCACUUGAAGAAGUUAUCUACCAUAUUGAGACAUAUGAUGUGACCUCUAUCAGAGCCAGCACUCCAAUGUUUCUCAUGUCUCGUAAGAUUAAAUCUCUGGGAGUAAAAAUGGUCCUCUCUGGUGAAGGUUCAGAUGAAAUCUUUGGUGGUUACUUGUAUUUCCACAAGGCACCAAGCAAGGAGGAGUUUCACCAAGAGACAUGCCAGAAGAUCAAAGCUCUUCAUCUGUACGACUGUCUGAGGGCCAACAAGUCGACUUCAGCUUGGGGUGUUGAGGCUCGUGUACCGUUUCUUGACAAAGACUUCAUCAAGACUGCUAUGGACAUUGAUCCAGAAUGGAAAAUGAUCAGGCCUGAUCUUGGGAGGAUCGAGAAGUGGGUCUUACGCAAAGCAUUUGAUGAUGAAGAGAAGCCAUAUUUACCAAAGCACAUAUUGUACAGGCAGAAGGAGCAGUUUAGUGAUGGUGUUGGUUACAGCUGGAUUGACGGCUUGAAAGAUCAUGCCAACAAACAAGUAUCAGAUUCAAUGAUGAUGAAUGCAGGCUUUAUCUACCCUGAAAACACUCCAACCACAAAAGAAGGAUACUACUAUAGGACUAUCUUUGAGAAAUUUUUUCCAAAGAAUUCUGCGAGAUCGACAGUUCCUGGUGGUCCAAGUGUGGCAUGCAGCACAGCAAAAGCUGUGGAGUGGGAUGCAGAAUGGUCCAAGAACCCUGAUCCAUCUGGUCGUGCUGCCCUUGGUAUACAUGCAGCUGCCUAUGAGGAGUCAAAAGAUGUGAAGACUGGAAGUCUUGUGAGUGACUCUCCACAGAAACUUGUAGAAGGGGUUGCAGGGAAAGUGGUGGGAGUAGUUUGAAUGUUACAAAUGAUCGAAAGGAACUAGCUAGAAUGUUAGCAAAUGUCAAAAAUGUUACAAAGGUACUAGAAUGUUACAAAUGCUUUUUCUACUGUCGAAAUUACAUUGACUAUGUUCUUUUGGAUUAAUGGAACAAUGUCAGAUAAGAUAUACUUUAGAUUGAUAUUUAAUCUGAUUCUGUGGCAGAUGAGGAC